AUGUUCGUUGAUAUCGGAAACGGACGGCUCAGAUGCGUCGUGACAGGUCACAAGGUUGUAGCCGACGAAGAAUCAUACGCUCGUAAAAAACGGUAUCGUUUGGGACUCAUCGAUCACACGCCAUUUUCUCGUUCGAAACUUGUGUGCAAGGUUACAGGAGAUAUUGUGAACAAGAACGAGGAACAUAUCUGGAAACACGUGAAUGGGAGAAGAUUUCUUCACAAAUUAGAGCAAGUGGAAAAGGGAACUGGCUCAAGCGCAAAGACCAAGAAAACAAGAGGCGGUAAGGAAGAUACUGAUUCCGAUAGUCCAGAUUUUUGGAUGCUUAAGUCAAGUUCUGGUUCAGAGUCAGAGCACGAGGGUGAUGAGGAAAAUUGCAAAGGUUCUCAUUGUGAUGCCAAAGUAUCCGAGGAGCUCUCAGAGAGAACAAAGAGAAUAUCAAUAAAGAUCGGACCAAGUAGCUUUGCUUCAAGGAAGAAAAAGAUUAGGAACGAUGAGUUUUGUUAG